GGUGCGGUCUGAUUGGCCGGGCCUUACAGCCAAUGGCAGCAGCCGUUGCGGAGCUUCUCAGUGAGAGUGAAGAGGAUUGAAGAUGGGAGGAGUGAAGCUGGAGAUAUUCCGGAUGUUACUUUACCUGUCGUUCCCUGUGACAGUGUUUUGGAUCUCCAAUCAAGCAGAGUAUUUUGAGGAAUAUGUAGUCAAAAGAAAGAGAGAGAUCUAUCCGCCAGAAGAGAAGAUGCGUCGGAAAGAGUUGGAAGACUUCAAGGAACGAAUGAGGGAGAAGCGAGAACAGAAACUACUGCAUCACCUAGAAACCCAGAAAAUGCAGGAAAAGUGAGCGUCAAUACUGCAGAAGCUGCCUGCAUUUAUCACCAGAUCUUCAAUUAAUUCAAGUGUUGGAACUUUGAAAGACUAUUUUUCUCUCUGAGAAGCUUUAUUAGCUGUUAAUUAUUAUAUAAAAAUCAUUUUGUAUAUGA